CGCAGACUGUCCAUUUCAGCGAGACGGGAAUAGCAUCUACUAGAUCUCUUGUCGAGUUGGAAUUGGCUAGUAUGGCUUGAUGAUCCUGGCAAAGAAACUUGUUGUGCAUAGUGCAACUUCAUCAGCUCGCCAAGAUGGUCCUGGUUUGAUGGCGCAUUUCUGGCAGGUCUUCACGACUUUCCGACUUUACCCAAUGUAUCGGACGAAGAGGAAGUUGACACUCCCGACAUUAUCCCAAAGCUUCGACUUCACCAGUGUUAUUGAGGUUGCUCGAAUACCGCCGGCAUUUGGCUAGGGCAUAGCUGCAACGUGGAUGAGCCCCCAAACCCAAUUUGUUCAAGAGUGGUCCUCUGUCGCGGCCAUUUGACCUGAUAGCCUCAGGGAAUCCUUAUUAGCGCUUGGGGCAGGUACUGCAGAUGUCUGGAUAGCAUGACGAGGGUAAACAAUUAUGAAUAGCUUUCUUCUU